CGGUGAUCUACUGCUUGCUGCUGCUGCUACUAGCGUCUUCUUUCCUUGAGCUUCAGCUUAAUUAAGCUUCAUCUCCAUCGGUCGCCACCUGACCUCCCCAACUGUGAAUUGAAACGGAGGGAAAUGGUGGAGCAGCAGCAUAAAAUCCAACGUGAUUCUCUCGGCUGGCUGUGCCUGUGUGUGCAGCUAAGCUAAGCUUGCUUGCUCUCUCUUCUUCUUCGUGUUGUUGUUUCUCUCUCUGUCUCGCUGUCUGUUGCCACCAUUAAUGGCUGGCUCCGUGGGUAGCUGAGCUCUUUGCUGGCCGAGCUGAGCUAGCCUACCUAGCUGGGGGGAGAGAGAGAGAGAGAGAGAGAGAGCAUAAGGAUCUUGGAGGAGGUGGAGAUGGAGUACGGCGGCGGGCGGGAAGGAGGAGGAGGGAUGAACGGCAACGGGACGGCGUACGCGGGGGCGCUGUCGCCGGCGGCGAGGUACGCGGAGUCGGGCGGGGCGAGCCUGACGUGGGAGAAUCUGACGGCGGUGCUCCCCGGCGGCGGCGGGCGGGCGACGAAGAAGCUGGUGCAGGGCCUGUACGGCUACGCCGUCCCCGGCAGGGUGGUCGCCAUCAUGGGGCCCUCCGGCUCCGGCAAGUCCACCCUCCUCGACGCCCUCUCCGGGAGGCUGGCCAGGAACGUGCUCCUGACAGGGAAGGUGCUUCUCAACGGCAAGAAGAGGCGACUCGACUAUGGCGUCUUGGCGUACGUGACACAAGAGAACGUGCUGCUGGGGACGCUGACGGUCCGGGAGACGGUGACCUACUCGGCGCUGCUCCGGCUGCCGUCGACCAUGUCCAAGGCGGAGGUCCGGCGGGUGGUCGACGACACGCUCGACGAGAUGGGGCUCCGGGAGUGCGCCGACCGGAACAUCGGCAACUGGCACCUCCGGGGGAUCAGCGGCGGCGAGAAGAAGCGGCUGAGCAUCGCGCUGGAGAUCCUCACCCGCCCCAGGCUCCUCUUCCUCGACGAGCCCACCAGCGGCCUCGAUAGCGCCUCCGCCUUCUCCGUCAUCGAGACGCUCCGCCAGCUCGCCGUCGACGGCGGCCGCACCAUCGUCUCGUCGGUGCACCAGCCCAGCAGCGAGGUCUUCGCCCUCUUCGACGACCUCUGCCUCCUCUCCAGCGGCGAGUGCGUCUACUUCGGUGACGCCAAGCUUGCUCCACAGUUCUUCGCGGAAACAGGGUUCCCCUGUCCUAGCCGGAGGAACCCGUCCGAUCACUUCCUCCGGUGUGUCAACGCCGACUUCGACGACGUCGCCGCCGCCAUGAAAGGAUCCAUGAAGCUGCGAGCAGAGGCAGAUUUUGAUCCGUUACUCAAGUACUCCACGUCAGAGAUCAGAGAACGGCUGGUGGACAAGUACAGGAUCUCCGAGUACGCCAUGAUGGUCAGGAACACGAUACACGAGAUCAGCAAAAUCGAGGGAGUGAUCGAGGAGGUGGUGAUGGGGAGCCAGGCGAGCUGGUGCAAGCAGCUGACGACGCUGACGAGGCGGUCCUUCACCAACAUGUCGCGCGACUUCGGCUACUACUGGCUCCGGAUCGUCAUCUACGUCCUCAUGGCGGUGUGCCUGGGCACCAUCUACUACGACGUCGGCACGAGCUACGCGGCGAUCCAGGCGAGGGCGUCGUGCGGCGGCUUCGUGUCCGGGUUCAUGACCUUCAUGUCCAUCGGCGGCUUCCCGUCCUUCAUCGAGGAGAUGAAGAUGUUCACGCUGGAGCGGCAGAACGGCCACUACGGCGUGGCCGCCUACAUCAUCUCCAACUUCCUCUCGUCAAUGCCGUUCCUGCUCGCCGUGUCCUGGGCCAGCGCAUCCAUCACCUAUUGGAUGGUCAAGUUCAGGCCCGGGUUCAGCUACUUCGCCUUCUUCGCCCUCAACCUCUACGGCGGCGUCUCCGUCAUCGAGAGCCUCAUGAUGAUCAUCUCCGCCCUCGUCCCCAACUUCCUCAUGGGCCUCAUCCUCGGUGCUGGCGUCAUUGGGAUCAUGAUGCUGACUUCUGGAUUCUUCCGGCUGCUUCCGGAACUUCCAAAGAUCUUCUGGCGAUACCCGGUGUCCUACAUUGUCUACGGCUCGUGGGGUUUGAAAGGAGCGUACAAGAACGAUCUGAUCGGGCUGGAGUUCGAGCCGAUGAUGCCGGGGCAGCCGAAGCUGACGGGGGAGUACAUCAUCACCAAGAUGAUGGGGCUGAGCCUCAACCACUCCAAGUGGCUGGACCUCUCCAUGAUCUUCGUCCUCCUCUUCGCCUACCGCCUCAUCUUCUUCCUCGUCCUCAAGGCCAAGGAGGCCGCCGCGCCUUACAUCCGCGUCGCCUACACCCGCUUCACCAUCAAACGACUCGAGCGCCGCGCCUCCUUCAGGAAGACGCUCGCCAUGUCGUCCAUGUCCAAGCGGCACAACCAGCCGCCACACCCCAUGGCCGUCCAGGAGGGGCUCAACUCUCCAAUGCCAUACUGAAGAACUGUUAUUACAAGUUACAACUACUACUACUGAUGAUGAUGAAGAUGAAGAUGAUGAUUGAUCGAUCGAGCAAGAAGAGGCCGGUAGUUUGGGCGACCUUGCGACGACGAUGACAACAAAGAUGAUGAUCAUAUAGAUGGUGUUCGUGUGCCACGAAUCGAUUAAUUAAUACUUGUGUAUGUGUUGCCCUUGGAUUGUUUUCAGCUCGUUGGAAGCUGGAAGGGUUCAUAAACUGAUAGCGUAUUCUUUUUUUUAAGAUCUUGUAUUUUACUGUAAGAACUCGGUCUCUGUGACCAAUACACAUACAAAAAGGAUGCUGUGUAGUUGAGUGUUUGUUGUUUCUUGUUUU